AUGGCCGCCGUGACCCGGCGCCUACGAGGGCGGACGGACCGGAUCCAGGCCUUCGCCCAGGCCGAGGUCGAGGCGACGCAGGAGCUGGAGCGCGCCGUUGUCGAGACGCACCGGCGUCUCAAGGAAAGGCUCGCCGCCAAGGAGGAGGAGCUCCGUGCCGCGGCAGCCGAGGAGCAGCUGGCGGGUGACAAGGGCCGCCUCGAGGCCGAGGUGGAGCGCCUCAAGGCGGAGGUCGCCAAGGUUGUGGAGGCACAGCAGGCCCUUGCCGAGGCGGACCAGCAAUGUGGCAAGCUGGCCGACGACAAGGGGCAGCUCCAGGCCGAGGUGGAGCGCCUAAAGGUGCUGGUGGCCACGGGGAAGGAGACCCGGCAGGCGGAGACCAGGCGCCGCGAGGAGGCCGUGAAGCUGGCCGAGGACAAGGACGCCGAGCUGAAGGCGACCCUUGCCAAGGUCGCCGAUCUGGAGAAGACGCUCCAGGAGCAUGACCGCACCAUCGUCCAGGUGCGGCGCGGGGCCUUCCCGGAGACCCGCCAGCUGGCGGAGGAGGCGAGCCAGCUGCAGGCGGAGGCCGGCCGGAUUGCUGCUCGGGCCAGCUUCAUCGUCGGGUUUGCCUUCCACGACGAGUUCCGGCCGGAGCGGGCGGAAGAUGGCGGAGUCGUGCCUGCUGACGACUACAGUUUGCUUCUGGACGACCUGGAGGGCAGCUCUGAGGAGACGGACGUCUACCGCGACGCGGACGCUCGGGAGGAGGAUAGCGGCACCUCAGCGGACCCGGGAGCUGCGUGA